UCACUGUAAUUUAAUUCUAAAUUAAAAUAAAUCAGGAUGUUUGCAUCCCCUGGUUUCCAUGGUUACUCUGUAAAAUUUUCACCUUUUUUCCCAAACAAGCUGGCUUGUGUUGCUUGCCAGCAAUAUGGAAUAUCUGGGGGGUCAUGCUUGUUUAUUUUGGAGACAUUACCUGACCCCCAAAAACCGUUGGCACUUUCUGCAGCUCACAAAUGGAACGAUGGAUUAUUUGACGUAUCUUGGAGUGAAAAGAAUGAUCAUGUUUGCGUUACUGCCUCCGGUGACGGAUCCAUACAAAUUUGGGAUAUCUUGAAGCCAGCUGGUGGACCAGAUCGCAUUUUACGAGGUCAUCAAAAAGAAGUUUACUGUGUUGACUGGAGUCCAAAUAACCGCGGUGAUGAUUUAAUACUAUCCGGUUCAUGGGAUCAAACUGCAAAGGUCUGGGACCCGAAUCGUGUUGAAGCUGCCCCUCUAUCGACCUUUAGUGGCCAUUAUGGGAUUGUAUACAAUGCUGUAUGGUCGCCACAUAUUCCUGGCUGUUUUGCUUCAUGUUCUGGAGAUGGGACGCUUCGAGUUUGGGACACCAGAAAAACCUACAUGCCCCAGAAUAUAAUCCCCGCCCAUGGUGCUGAAGUCCUCUCUUGUGAUUGGUCGAAAUAUGACCAAAAUAUCCUCGUCACUGGCUCAGUUGAUUGUUCAUUAAAAAUUUGGGAUCUGCGGAAUUCAAGAUUACCAAUUCGUCAACUUUUCGGGCAUGGUUAUGCAGUUCGGAGAGUGAAAUUCUCACCACACGAGGCAUCGAUUCUCGCAUCAUGCUCGUAUGAUUUCACUGUGCGUGUUUGGAACACCGCGGCCCCCGAAACAACAAGUCCAAUACUAGAAGUGAUCGACCACCACUCUGAGUUUGUAUAUGGACUCGAUUUUAACAACCAUAUACCAGGAAUGAUUGCAGAUUGUUCAUGGGACACUAAAACUAUGAUCUACAAGCCCAAAUCGUUGAUCAAAAUUUGAGGGACUAUUUAGAGGGACGUUUAAUCAUGCCUUUUGCCGCUGAUAUCUAAUAAUAUGUAAAGAGUUACUUUUAUAUUCUCUCCCGUCCCACAAAUAUCCUUCCGUUUCCAAUUUUGGCUCCCGGUCAAUCAACUUUGGGAUCCCCUGUACUAAUAUACAGGCAUUGCUUUUUGCACAUAUGCGAGGAUUGUUUUUGCUUGUUGCCAAACAGAUUGCGUACUGUUUUUUUUUUAAUUCUUUGUUCCUUAUUUUCAUUUCGUUCUGGUUUUCUGUUAUUUUGCUCAUGUUAUUUUCCUAAUUUUCGUUAUAAUUGAAUUUAAUUCAGAAUCACUAUGCAAUAUUUAAUUUAUUAGGUGUGUUAUGUUUACUCUUACAAUAAGUCCUUGUGUGAGCGGGUCUCUCAGACAAGGACAAUCAUCUUCAGUGCUGUAUUGCCAUACCAAGAUGUUGUGAAAAUUGUGAUAGAAGUGUUAUUAAUAGUCAUUUGUGACACCCCCAAAAUAGACUUCAACAUCAUUCAUUAUUCACGGAAUUUUUCAAGAAAAUUGACUGUCUGAUUCAAGAGUUUUGGAAUUUCCCCUAAAAAUAGGUACCGCAUUCUAUGUAAUGUUUUCUCAUUUUAGUAAUGUUUGCAUAACAGAUAUACCGUUAGUACUUUGUGUGAAAUUGGUGUACUCUUUGCGACCCCUAAAAUCCGUUGCGCGCCCCCCAUGCGAAGCCCUGGACUAGAUUAUGAAAUCAUAAUUUAUUACUAUUUCAAUUUUCUUCUGUUUCAUUUCUAAAGCUAAGCCAAGUUGCGAGUCAUGUAUAAAUUUCCCCUUAUUCCAGAUCCCUGCCUGAGGAGAUAACCAAGUGUUCUUCAGAAUCUACCAUAUUAUGUAAUAUUUCAAAAAAAUUCACUGUUUUGUCAUUUUAUUACUGUUUAAUUUUUCUUUAUUUUUUAUGGUAAAAGCCAUUAAUUUAUGUUUUCUGUGCAGAAAAUUAGUGCAGUCUAAUUAAAAUAAAAGUAGCCUUAAGAGGAUUGCCUUGUAAAAAUGUCACUGGCUUCUUUAUGGAGAUAUGGAAUUCAAACUGGAAAAUUUCCUCGGAAAUAUGGCGUGGUCUCUAUAAUCUGUCGUUCGGAAAGUCAACAACGAAUAUGCCCGCAAACAAAACGAAGCACUAACUAUUCAUACAUGCUUGAAAACAACAAUUCUACAAAUUCCCAAAACAAUUUUGUAACUUUUUGUCGGAAAUUUGCCACAGAGAAUAAAUAUGAUAUUCAUAAUCCAUAUUCAGAAGAAACUCCGUCUGAAAACGAACAAAAGACUGAAAUUGUGCAACGGAAACCUGCAGGAUAUUUCAGUUCAUUAUUUCAAGUUUGGAGAACACCAGCUCCUGCGUUUCUGACUGGAAUAGCAGGUUUAGUCCCAUUUGUUGCCGCACCAUCGUAUCUUUAUUUCAUCGCGUCAUCUUUCCAUCCUUUCCUGAUCUCAGCACAACUAGCUUAUGGGGCAAUUAUUCUAUCAUUUAUUGGAGGAAUUCGUUGGGGAUUCAUAAUCCCAUAUAGACAUGGUUCUACACACAUGGUAACAUGGAGAGGCAUAUCUUGGAGUUGUGUUCCUGCUUUGAUGGCGUGGGGAGGAAUAUUAUUGCCUGAUCUUACAGGAGGCUUGUUGAUGGUCAGUGUUGGGUUACUUGUCUCAUUAUACAAUGAUUUGCGGCUGUUUGGGGACUACCCAAAAUGGAUGUUAGGUCUUCGAUGUUUGUUGACAACUGUUGCUGUGGUAACACUAAUCGCAUCAGUGAUUUUGGUGGAAGAAAACAGAGUGAAAAACACGUUUGGCAGGAGAACUCCUAAUAAAAUACUUGAUAAAGAUAUUUAGGAAAAUUUAUGUUUUUUUUUUUCAUAGUCUAUUAACUGUUACAUUUUUAUUUUGUUCGUUAUGGAGAGAAUUUCCAAAUCUGAAACUAUUUCUCAAAAAUAGUUGUCAGACUAAAAGUGGAAAGAUCGCUGAUUGAAGAGUUCAUAAGUUACAACAGAUGAUCUAAUGAGAGUUAUUUAUAAGAUUUUAUACCAAUUUGCUCAAAGCAAGGCUCCCAACUAAAAGUGGAAAGAGUACUAAUAUCAGAUGUGCUAACAUAGUACACAUGGUUGACACUAGUCCCAAAUAACCAUAUGACCAACGAUGACUCUCUUCUGAUUGGAGUAAGGUGUAAGACGAUUUGAAAAAAUAAAUGAAAUUUCAAUAUAAAUUAGAACUGUAAAUGGAUGGUAAAUAUAUUGUUAUUUUUUUCUAAUAAGCAUGUUUUUUGGAUGAAUUUGUUUGUGAACUUUAUAAAAUGCAUGGAAUUUAAAUAUAUACUUAAUUUGAAAUGAUUCAAAAA